GCGGGGGCCUGGGCGCGGGCCGGAGGGCGGCGGGGCGCGCGGCUGCGGCGUGAGGAUGGCGCCGCCGUGAGCCUGCCCUCGCGAGGGAAGCCUCGGGGCGGCGAGGCGCUGAGGGACGGUGCCUGCCGCCCGCCCGGGUCUGUUUCCCGGUUUCCCGGCUCACACUCAGACUCCGUUAUGCAGUCGUGAGUUGUUGCGAGCAUCAUUCUCUGCUGGGACUCUUCUCAGGAAAGAAGUGACAACCCGUGGACCACAACUUCUAACUCCCGCCACUACGUCCGUGGAAGCCGGUAGUUGAAGACCUCAUUACCUAGCAAAUGACAUUUACCAAAUGAAUCUUUCCCCAUCAGACUGGUUGUUUUCACCAUGGUCAAGAAACAAGUCCUCUGGAAACCAGAAGAGAAGCCUUAACAGCCAGCCGGAUAAACCAGCGCACCACUGACCAAACCAAGGGAGGCCCGAGCCUCACAAAGUCCUCGCUGCUACUCGCUUGAGUUACUGAGUCCAGAGCUUACAUAAAAUGGAUGUUUCUCACAUGUUAUUGAACACUAAGUGCAUAAUCUAUUAAGUAAAACCCAAGCUGCCAUGGAAGAAAUACCAAUAAAAGUGGCUGUCCGAAUCAGACCUCUGCUCUGCAAAGAAGUUCUACAUAAUCAUCAAGUCUGUGUGAGGGAUAUCCCGAAUACCCAGCAGAUUAUCAUUGGGAGAGAUAGAGUUUUCACUUUUGAUUUUGUUUUUGGCAAAAACUCCACUCAGGAUGAAGUUUAUAACACAUGCAUAAAGCCCCUAGUGCUGUCGCUCAUCGAGGGCUAUAAUGCAACUGUUUUUGCAUAUGGACAAACUGGAUCUGGGAAAACAUACACCAUCGGAGGAGGCCAUGUUGCAUCAGUUGUGGAGGGUCAAAAGGGUAUCAUUCCUCGAGCUAUCCAAGAAAUAUUUCAGAGCAUCUCUGAAAAUCCUAGCAUUGACUUUAAAAUCAAAGUGUCGUAUAUAGAAGUUUAUAAGGAAGACCUAAGAGAUCUUCUAGAGUUGGAGACGUCUAUGAAGGACCUUCACAUCCGAGAAGAUGAGAAGGGGAACACAGUGAUUGUUGGGGCCAAGGAAUGCCAAGUAGAGAGCGUGGAGGAUGUGAUGAGUCUCCUGCAGGUAGGGAAUGCGGCCAGGCACACAGGCACCACCCAGAUGAACGAGCACUCCAGUAGAUCCCACGCUAUUUUCACAAUAAGUGUGUGCCAAGUUGAGAAAAACGCAGAGGCAGCUGAAAACGGAGAGUGGUACUCACAUCGGCAUAUUGUCUCCAAAUUCCACUUUGUGGAUUUGGCUGGAUCAGAAAGAGUGACCAAGACUGGGAACACUGGUGAACGAUUCAAAGAGUCCAUUCAAAUCAACAGCGGGCUGCUUGCUCUAGGAAACGUAAUAAGCGCCCUUGGAGACCCACGCAGGAAGAGCUCUCAUAUUCCAUACAGGGAUGCUAAGAUUACCCGGCUUCUGAAAGACUCCCUGGGUGGCAGUGCCAAGACUGUCAUGAUCACGUGUGUCAGCCCGUCCUCCUCGGAUUUUGAUGAGUCCUUAAAUUCUCUCAAAUAUGCGAACAGAGCACGGAAUAUUAGAAACAAACCUGCUUUAAACAUAAGUCCCCAGGCAGACCGAAUGGAUGAAAUGGAAUUUGAGAUUAAGUUGCUUCGAGAAGCUUUGCAGAGCCAUCAGGCCAGUAUCAGCCAAGCUAGCCAGGCAUCUUCAGAGAAUGUUCCUGACCAGAAUCGAAUCCAUUCUCUGGAGGAACAGGUAGCUCAGCUCCAGGAGGAAUGUCUGGGGUACCAGGACUGCAUAGAGCAAGCAUUUGCCUUUCUGGUGGACUUAAAAGAUGCUGUCAAACUAAAUCAGAAACAGCAGCACAAGCUACAGGAGUGGUUUAGCAGGACUCAGGAAGUCAGGAAGGCUGUCCUCACCCCAUUGCCUGGAAACCAGGGCAUUGGGAACCUGGAAGAAGGACCCCAGCAUCUGACAGUUCUCCAGCUGAAGAGAGAACUUAAGAAAUACCAGUGUGCUCUGGCCGCCGACCAAGUGGUGUUCACGCAGAAGGAUCUGGAGCUGGAGGAGCUAAGGACCCAAGUGCAGCUAAUGAUGCAGGAGAGCAAAGGGCAUGCCGUGUCUCUGAAAGAAGCCCAGAAAGUGAAUAGAUUGCAGAAUGAGAAGAUAAUAGAACAGCAACUCCUUGUGGAUCAGCUGAGCGCAGAACUCGCAAAACGCAGCUUGUCAGUGCCCACCUCAGCUAAGGAGAGCUGUGGGGAUGGGCCUGAUGCCAGGGCCUCAGAAAAGAGACCUCAUACGGCUCCAUUUGAGAGUCACUGGGGACACUAUGUUUACAUCCCAUCAAGACAGGAUUUCAAGAAGGUCUGCUCAAGUACUCCUGUAUACUCUCUGGAUCAAGUAUUCGCUGGGUUCAGAACUCGAAGUCAGAUGCUGAUGGGUCACUUAGAAGACCAGGACGAAGUUCUCCACUGCCAGUUUUCUGACAACAGUGAUGAUGAGGACUCAGAGGGCCAGGAGAAGCCCAGAGUUAGAUCUAGAAGUCACUCAUGGGCCAAAAAGCCAGGCUCUGUUUGCUCUCUUGUUGAACUGAGUGAUACUCAGGCUGAGUCUCAGAGAUCCUAUCUGGGGAAUGGAGAUUUGAAGAUGGAAUCUCUCCAGGAGAGUCAAGAGAUAAAUUUACAAAAAUUAAGGACUUCAGAACUCAUACUUAAUAAAGCUAAACAAAAAAUGAGAGAACUUACAAUUAACAUCAGGAUGAAAGAAGAUCUGAUCAAAGAGUUAAUAAAAACAGGUAACAAUGCCAAGUCUGUAAGCAGACAGUAUUCUUUGAAAGUGACAAAGCUGGAGCAUGAAGCUGAGCAGGCAAAAGUGGAGCUCACUGAAACCCGAAAGCAACUGCAGGAGCUGGAGAGCAAAGACCUUUCUGAUGUUGCUUUGAAGGUAAAAUUACAGAAAGAGUUCCGUAAAAAGAUGGAUGCUGCGAAGAUGAGAGUUCAGGUCUUACAAAAGAAGCAGCAAGACAGUAAGAAGUUGGCAUCACUGUCCAUCCAGAAUGAAAAGCGGGCCAGUGAGCUGGAGCACAAUGUGGAUCACCUGAAAUACCAGAAAGUGCAGCUGCAGAGACGGCUUCGAGAAGAGGGCGAGAAGAAGAAGCAGCUGGAUGCAGAAAUUAAGAGAGAUCAACAAAAAAUCAAAGAGCUGCAGCUAAAAGCAGGACAGGGAGAAGGUCUGAACCCCAAGGCUGAGGACCAGGAUGGAUUUAACCUGAACAGAAGAAAAAGUCCUUUCAGAAGUGGGGACCAAUUCCAGAAAUUGGAUGAGCAAAGGAAGUGGUUGGAUGAAGAGGUGGAGAAGGUCCUGAGCCAGCGCCAGGAACUGGAAAUGCUGGAGGAAGAUCUGAAGAAACGUGAGGCCAUCGUCUCGAAGAAGGAAGCCCUGCUUCAGGAGAAGAGCCUCCUGGAAAACAAGAAGCUGCGAUCUAGCCAGGCCUUAAGCACAGAUGGUCUCAAAAUAUCGGCUCGCCUGAACUUGCUGGACCAAGAGUUAUCUGAGAAGAGCUUGCAGCUUGAGAGCAGCCCGACUGAGGAGAAGAUGAAGAUUUCAGAACAGGUCCAAGCGCUUCAGAGAGAAAGGGAUCAGCUCCAGAGACAGAGGAACAGUGUGGACGAGAGGCUCAAGCAUGGGCGAGUGCUGUCCCCCAAAGAAGAACAUCUUCUUUUUCAACUGGAAGAAGGAAUAGAAGCCCUGGAAGCUGCGAUUGAAUUCAAGAACGAAAGCAUCCAGAGUCGCCAGAACUCACUCAAGGCGUCAUUCCAGAACCUCUCUCAAAGUGAGGCGAAUGUUCUGGAAAAGCUAGUUUGCCUGAAUAUUACUGAGAUUCGAGCUAUUCUUUUCAAAUAUUUCAACAAGGUAAUUAAUUUGCGAGAAACGGAACGUAAACAACAGUUGCAGAAUAAAGAGAUGAAAAUGAAGGUUCUAGAACGGGAUAAUGUGGUCCAUGAGUUGGAAUCUGCGUUGGAGCAUCUGAGACUGCAGUGUGACCGGAGACUGACCCUCCAGCAAAAGGAGCAUGAGCAGAAGAUGCAGCUGCUGUUGCAGCAUUUCAAAGACCAAGAUGGAGACAGCAUUAUAGAAACACUAAAAAACUAUGAAGAUAAAAUCCAGCAGCUGGAAAAGGAUCUCUACUUCUAUAAGAAAACCAGCAGAGAUCUCAAGAAGAGACUGAAAGACCCCGCCCAAGGAGCAGCGCAGUGGCAGCGCACACUGACCGAGCAUCAUGAUGCUGGAGAUGGAGUUCUGAAUCCAGAAGAGACGACUGUGCUUUCUGAAGAACUAAAAUGGGCAUCUAGAACUGAAAAUACAAAGUUGAAUGGAAGCGAAAGAGAAGUAGACAAUUCUUCAAGCAGCUUAAAAACCCAACCACUGACCCAGCAGAUUCCAGAAGAUGGCCCAGACUCACUUCCAGCCCGUAGCUCGAUAGCGCCCUCCAGUGGCCAACUGCAGAGCAUUGCCGAUAAAACAGAGGCCCGUCCCUUUACACACUCUCAGAGUCCAGUACCACACCAGUUCCAGCCUGUGAGAAGUAUAGGACCGCUUCAGGGGGUCAAGCCUGUCAAACUGUGUCGCAGAGAAUUACGUCAGAUUUCUGCCAUGGAGCUGUCAUUGCGGCGAUGCAGUCUUGGAGCUGGGGGCCGGUCAAUGACUGCUGAUUCCCUUGAAGACCCCGAAGAAAACUAGUGAUUUCAAAGCCCAGGCACUGAACAAUAAAACUUCUAAUUUAGUAAAUGUGUGGAAAGAUGCCUUUUCUGACUUACAGAAUUAAACCUCGGGGUAGCGAGCUCUUUCCUGGGACACAGGAAAGGGGGUUGGCACCACUCCUAUGUAUGACAGUGUAUGUGGGGGCUUUGUUAUUUCAUAAAUGCAUUUUUGAGUGCUUGUACAUUGAACGAUUUCUACUUGUGUGUAUAAGUUCCUUUCCUGACAUAUUUGCUUUAUUUUUAUGUACAUUUAAAGAACAAAAUUAAGACUAAAACACCCUUCGGAUGUAUAUUAUUCUAUAAUAUAAAGACAUAUUAUAGAAGUACAUUAUAACCCAUAGUAUUUGAAUGUUAAAAUGCAAGUGUGUUGCUAUUUUUAAGCUCCAGAUAAGCCCUGAUUGUGCCAGAGUUACCUACCUAAUGAAAAUGUUUGCCAGAAUUAAGCCUGUGAGCUGAGGUGCAUUGCAAUUGUUAGAACUUAGCGAGGCAGCCUUAACUCUAACAUGGUAGCUUUCAUUUUUAUAAUUAUUUUUUAUAGAAUGCAAAUUUUCACCUUUAUCCUGUCCUACGCAUUCUACAUUACCUCUCAGACAAUGCUAGAACUGAGAGAAAUGUCUGCAGCUUCCUGGACAGGGGAACUGAUCACAGAGCAACACACGUCAUUAAUCAUCCCAAGGAAAGAAGCUGUGUGUGCGUGAGCGGUGUGGCCAUGUGGGGUGUGUGGGUGCCGCAUCCUCUGAUUACACACACACACACACACACACACACACACACACACACACACACACACACACAUAUAUAUACAUACAUAUACACACAUACACACAUAUACACACACAUAUAUACACAUACACUCACAUAUAGUCAUACACACACACACACACACACACAUGUCUGAUGAUUUCCAGCCUUGUAGGCUCAAGGGCAUCGGGGUAUAAAUAUGUACAUGAAAUCUUGCUAACAUAUCUCUAAGUUUUUCUGGAUCAACUAAAUGAGCAAUCAGUUCUUUCCUACCAUAUUUAUCUAUGACAGGCAACAUCUCAUUAUAAUGUCCUGAAGUAUUGUUUUGUUUCUUUUCCAUACCUUCAUAUUACACCAAAGCUGGUUCUUAGACUAAUCAGAGCCAGCAGCAAAACCACCAUAUGGAAGCCUGCACAGCUCCCACUGAAGUCUCAACACCUACUUCCUCACUGAAUCCAUUGUUUAAAGUGUGCCUGUGUCUAUACAUAUACACACAUACACAUAUUGUGUGUGUGUGUGUGUGUGUGUGUGUGUGAUGACAAAAUGUAAGUGCCUUCAACACAACCUAACAGUUAUAGACUAGGUGAGUGUGGUGCCACAUGUCUUUAAUCACAGAAGUCUGGAGGCAGAGGCAGAGGCAGGUGGGUCUCUGUUCUCCUGGUCUACACAGCAAGGACAACCAGGACUAUAGAGAGAGACCCUGUCGCAAAAAACAAAACUAUCAUAUAUUAGCAAAUAUCUUUUUAUUAAUGAAGGUCCUAAUAUAAAUUUAAGAUUAAAUAGCAUGCUUUGUCUUAAUAAGCAGUUUAUAAAAACUUUUCACUAACAAAGCAAUAGUUACAUAAGACUACAGUGAUUUCAUCAGAUGAUACAAAUGUAAACUGGCUACCAAGUAACAAGGGCUAUUUGUUUUCUAUUAAACAUUUCAUUUGGAUCUUGCACAUGCUUUGAUAAAUUUCAUUCCCAUACUCAAAAAUAUAUAAAUAAUGUCCCAAACAAUGUAAUCUAGGUGUAAACAAUUCAUUCUAGUUAGGUCGGCUUGCCUGUCCUCGAAGUAUAAGGAACCUCCUCCCCACUCUAAGGACAGUUAAGUUUUGUCACUUGGGUUUCCCAUGGGAUGCUGCUGGUGUGUGCAUGUAUGUGCUUGCUCAUGCAUAUUAUGCAUGUGUGUAUAUUUAUGUAUGUGUGCAUGUGUGUGUGUGCCUAUGGAAGUCAGAGAGUAGAACUAGGUGCCGUCCCUUACUACUUCGCACAUGAUUUUUUAGAAAGGGUUUCCCACUGAACCUAGUCACUAUUUAGACUAGGCUGGCCAGCUAGCAAGUCCAAGCUGCCCCUGUCUCCUUGCCCCGGCCCCAGGCUGAGGUUAGAGGCAAACACCACCACCCCUGGCUUUCUGUGGGUGCCAAGAUCCUCAGGCUUAAGCAGCAAGAGCUUUACCCCCUGAGCCAUCUCCCCAGCCUGACUUUCUCUCUCUAGAUGAAAUGGGUUGGUUUGUUUAUUUUGUUUCUCUGUGUAGCCCUGGCUGUCCUGGAACUCACUCUGUGGACCAGGCUGGCCUUGAACUCAGAAAUCUGCCUGCCUCUGCCUCCUAAGUGCUGGGAUUAAAGGCGUGUGCCACCACUUCAUGGCUUAUAUAAAAUGGGUUUUCUGUUGUUCGCUAUGCUUUCCACAUGCAACAGAGUAUUUGAUGGGAAAAUGCUCUACCCCAGUAAAGUGUUCUUUCUUCCCCUGACUCUGGAGUGUUACUUGGGAGCCAUGGGUAAUGGUGACUCUUAUCAGGUGCUUUUGCACCCUGAGCCCUGGUGCUGGGGUCAGCUCAGGGCUGUGGGCACUCCGCAGCUCCUACAUGCUCUGCCUCUGAGCUGUGGGACACUCCGCAGCUCCUACAUGCUCUGCCUCUGAGCUGUAGGCAGCCCCUACAUGCUCUGCCUCUGAGCUGUGGGACACUCCACAGCCCCUACAUGUUCUGCCUCUGAGCUGUGGGACACUCCACAGCCCCUACAUGCUCUGCCUCUGAGCUGUGGGACACUCCAUUGCUCCUACAUGCUCUACCUCUGAGCUGUGGGACACUCCAUUGCUCCUACACGCUCUACCUCUGAGCUGUGGGGACCUGCACUUUAUGCUCCUUGAGUUUGAUUUCUCCUCUGGUGUCAUGUUUUGAGUGCGUCAAUCUUUCGUAUCCCUAUGAACUCCGAGUGCAGAGUCAUCAAAAAUAAUUAUGAUUGUAAUGACAUGGACUUUAUUUUUGUUCACUACCGCCUUGUUUAUACUAACCUACAACAAUAAACUUACGCUUAUUUAAGAA